ACUUCGCUUAUUAUUAAAUUAGGUUUAAGUUAAUAAUUGUAACAUGUAAUAUAUUGGUUAUCUUGGAUUUAUGAGAAUCGUGUAAACCAUUUAAGGGUUUAAAUCAGUUAUCAAUUUAUUUGAGUAUUAUUACAAAUAAGUUAAAUUAUUUACCUAGGUAGUAGGUACUAGAUAAAAUAUUAUAAUGUCGGAAGAAACACGAAUAAAUUCUGAACAAAUGUUGAGUAUGGACUCAAAUAAAUUGCUUGAACAGUUGAAGCAUUAUUUCCAUCAUCAGACAUUCAAAAGUGAUUUGCAAAAGAAUGCCAUUAUUGCAAUAUUAAAGCGAAAAUAUGAUGUAUUUGUAUCAAUGCCAACUGGAUCUGGAAAGUCAUUAUGUUAUCAACUACCUGCUGUUCUUCACUCACCUAAAGUUACAAUAGUUUUUUCUCCUCUCAUAGCUUUAAUGAAGGAUCAAAUUGAUCAUUUAACGCGUUUGAAAAUUCGUGCUGAAACAAUUAAUUCAAAAAUGACUGAAUCUGAACGGAAACGUGUCAUUAAUGAUUUAUAUUCUGUACAAGUGUCUACUUCAUUACUAUAUGUAACUCCUGAACAAGCAGCUACUGACUUCUUUAAGGGUUUAUUAUCCUAUUUAGUACGAAAAAAUAAAUUGGCUUUUAUAGUGGUUGAUGAAGCACACUGUGUAAGCCAAUGGGGUCAUGACUUUAGACCUGACUAUUUAAAGCUGGGAUUGUUAAGAAAACUUUAUCUUCAUAUUCCAUGGAUUGCACUUACAGCUACAGCUAGUGCUGAUGUUGUUAAAGACAUUAUGGAUGUAUUAUGUCUUAAAAAUCCAGUCUCAAAGUUUACAACACCAUGUUUUCGGUCAAACUUAUUUUAUGAUGUUAUAUUUGAUGAUUCUAUUGGAAAUUCUUAUCAACAUUUGAAAGACUUUAUUGAUCAAUGUUUAUGUGAUGAUUUUGAUUAUUUGGAAAAUACUCCAAACAUAAAUCCACUGAAUCAACCAUGUGGUAUAAUAUACUGUAGAACAAGAGAAUUAACUGAAGAAAUAGCCACAGUUCUAAGUCGGAAAGGUGUUUCUAUUGCUCCUUAUCAUGCUGGGUUAAAAGAUAAAGAACGACUUGCGGUGCAGGAAGCAUUUAUGAGUGGACAUAUUCAAGUUAUUACAGCAACUGUAAGUUUUGGAAUGGGAAUUGAUAAAGCAACUGUGAGGUUUGUUGUACACUGGGGCAUACCAUCUAGCAUUCCAGCAUAUUAUCAAGAGUCUGGUCGAGCUGGAAGAGAUGGAAAAUUAGCUCGAUGUCGAAUUUACCAUUCAAAACAAGCAAAAAAUUCAUUAGAUUACAUUUUAAAAUCUGCAAUAACUCAAGCUAAAACUCAAGAUAAACAAAAAAAAGCUAAAGGAAGUUAUAGUAUGUUCCUUAAGAUGAUACAGUUUUGUGAAAGUGUACAAUGUAGACACGAAUUUUUUGCUGAUUUUUUUGGAGAUACUAAACCCCAAUGUAUCGAUAAAUGUGAUGUAUGCUCAAAUAAAGAAGCUGUAAAAAUCGAUUUGGAUGUAUUUAUGUAUGGAAUAAAUAACAGGAAUCAUACAAUUGUGUCAAAUGAACAACUAGUAUCUAGUGAUUUUUAUGGAGGAGGACGCAAUGCUAUCAAUGAGGAAAGUGAAGAGUACGCACGUGAAGGCGAAAGAGAAGGGCACAAAAAAAAUGUAGAAUUAGAAUUAGAAAUAAAACGACAGUUUGAAAUUAGACGAGCUAAUAUACAAAACAUUAUUAAAGAAAACGAAGAAUUGGUAAAAAAUUCAAAAGUUAGAGCGGCUGCAUCUACAAUAAAAAAAGUUAAUGGUUUGCAGUUAUCAGUAAGAGAAGAAUUAUUGAGGUUCAUUGAAGAGUAUUUGGAGAAAAAUAUUGAGGAAUGUUCUUUAUUUGAUUCAUUAACAGAAUUAACAAAAGAUGAUAUUCAUAAUAUCGCUGUGGAUUUAGAAUAUGAAGCAUUUACUAGUUCUAAAGUUGUAGCCGUUUAUCGGAAAAAAAUUGCUAAAACAGUAUCUCUUAUUAAGGCAGAAACAAGAGCAUCAAACAUAUUUGAUAAAAUAAAGAAUUAUACACGACCAGUGAAAGUUGUAGAAGAACCUAAAGUUAAUUCAAAUAUAGAACUCCCACCUAUAGUUACAGCUUCAGAUCUUAUUCAAGCUCAAAUAAAAAAUAAAAUGCCAGAGCCAAAAAUCAAAAGAGGAAUUAAACGAGAUCAUUUAAUGCAACAGUCAAUGAAAUCAUUUGUAUUUUCGUCUACUACUACUUCUGUAACAGAUAAUGAAGAAUGUGCGACAAAAAAACCUAGAAUAGAGAAUACUGAUAGUGACAUGGAAAUAUCUUCAGAUGAUGAAGUUCAUAUUAUAGAAAGUACUAAUAUAAAUGAUCCCAGACUCUCUCAAACUCCAAUUAUAGUAGAAGAAUUAUAUCCUGAACAGCAAACAAACUAUGCAUUUAAUGUUGAACCCAAAUUCAAUGAAUCAUUAUAUUAUCAAACUACAUCUACUAAUAUACAAGUACCCAAGAUAAUUAUGGCUUCUAGCUUAAUAAAAAAUAACCAUGAAUCCAGUUCAACAUAUGAUUCAUCUAAAGAUUCAUUAAAUGUUGAAAGUGACUAUUUAGCUAUGAAUAAUAUGCCACCAACUAAUCAAGACCAAAAUGUUCUUCUUACGCCUAAUAACACAUGUUCAAAUAGUAUAAAAAAUACGGAAAACGGUUUAUCACACAUUCAAUCUAAAAGUAACAAAUCAUUAAUAGCAGAAAAAAAUGUUGCUGAUAUUUUUAAGGACAUUUCUGAAAUUAUAGCUCCAUCAGAAAAUGAAAAAGAUUUAACUAUGCAACUAAAUGAAUUUCCGGUACAGCAAAAGCAAAAUGAUAUUAAACAAUCAUCAAUUGAACAUAGAUUACAUGUUCAGCAAAAUGUUGAAAUAUCUGCAAUGAAGAAUAUGAGUAAUCUUUUUGGUGAAGAUAGUGAUGAUGAAAGUAAAUUAGCAUUAGUUGAUGUAAAAAAAAAAUCCUUAGGUGUCCGACUUAGUAUGUCAUCAAAUGUAAAUAUUACUAAUAAGAUAAACAAAAAUUCACAAGAGUCAAUGAAAAUAAUUAAAAACAAGACUGAGGAUCCGAAUAACAAACAAAAAAAAUUUGAGUUGUCAAAUCUGGUUGUAAAAUUAUUAAACCCUUACUACAAAAAUAAUUUAUUUAAAACAAAAGAAUUAUUUAAAUUUAUGGCAAGACAAAUUGUUCAUAAGCUUUUGGAGUCUACUAGUCAUCCAGAAGAGCAAAACAUCAAAUUAAUUAUCAGAAAAUUAUUUCCAAAGGAACAGAAAAUAAAGAUUGAAUCUGAAGAUCAAAUAUUGAAGUUAUUAAGAUCAAUUCCUUAAUAUUUCAUAUUUAAUUUAAUUUUAUAAAUUGUUAUAUUUUUGUUGAAUAAUGUGUUUGUUCCUUAUAAUUUUACUUCAGUAAGUGUUAUCAG